AUGGUGCCUCAGCAACAACGGAGAAGACGUCGCCGUGCGGCUCUGGCUCGGACAGCUGAGCGCCGUGUUGUUGUCGCGCGUGGAGUUGGGGGCUUCGGCUUUACGAUAGCAGGCCAGCGACCUUGCGUGGUAUCAGCUGUGGCUGCUGGCGGGCCGGCAGAGCGCGCUGGUCUACGUGCAGGGGAUGCGCUGUUGGCUGUGGAUGGGGCGAGUGUAGCUAGAGCUCCACAUGCCUCCGUGGCGCGUUUGGUGGCUGCUGCACCGGGAGCGAUAGCUCUGUCAGUGUCUCCUCGUGAGGCACCACCUACUGACACUGAGGAUACGGAGCCGGAUGAGCGAGCGAGGACUCGGAGGCGACAUCCUCCGCCCAGACGUAGGCCUCAAGCUAUGCUGCAUCACCCUGGCUGUCACGCAGCACCGAGUACGUCUGGUGUUAACGAAAUACUUCAGAACCUGAGCAGGGCCCAGCUAACUCCCAACCACGCAGCCAGGCUUGAGUGCCGCGCUGUCGUCGGCUACCUCGGCACCAUAGAAACACCGCAAGCUGCUCCCAAUGCUGCCCCUGGAAAUGUACGAACAGCCGUGAGAAAACUUCGACAAGAGAGGCGUCCUGCUGCACCUGUGUUACUAUCUGUCCUUCCAAACUCUUUAGUACUUCGUCGCCCAACCGGUCAAGUUUUAGCACAAUAUCAACGUGAAAGAAUAGUGUACGCGGGAUGUGGUUCCGACGCCGAUAGAAGGUACUUCGGCCUCGUGACGUCAGCUGAAACUGCUGAGGCUGAAGCGUCACACAGUUGCCAUGUGUUCGCGGUGGACCCCAGAAUGGCAGAACACGAGGCCCAUGCGGCUAGAGCUAGAGAAUUCCAAAUCGUGUGCACGAGAGACCCAGUAGCCGAGAGAUGUCUGGAGUUCCCACCGUCAGCAGAGUAUGUUAUUGGCGUUAUCAGAGGAAUGUAUUCUUUACCAGCAGAGGAUUGCGCUAGCCCUAAUUUGCAGCAGAUCUCCAAACUUACGAUAAAAGGAGAUAGUCCUGCAUUGGGUAACUUUUCGAGAUGUAAUAGACCUGUGUUCCGCGUGCCUCGAGACAGACGGCCUUGUAGACACGAGGAGAGAGUAGAAGCUCAGGAUUUCGUUGCUAACUCUCCUCAACCGAGCAACCACAGCGAAGUAACAACUACAUCGAGUAACAGCGACUCUGGUAUCGGCUUUCAUAACGAUUGUCGGAAUAUUGCAGAUAGAAUCUUAGUGGUUGAUUUUGCUGGGCAACAACCGGCACCGAACAGAUUUCGGCAAGAUAUGCCGCGACGGCCAAUCGGGCUUGUCGGUUGUAGUAGUUUUGAAGCUGAUGGGUCCUUCCUGUCAAACACGACUCCUGUCGUAGACGGCUUUGGAGGGCAGGGGAGACCUUUGAACCUGGACGAUGUGAUCCUCAACGCGAAUGACCUUCAAACCGUCCGCCACGUGAGUCCUCGAAACGAAGACGAUAACUAUAACUACAAUAAUCUAUACGGGAACAUACCCUCUAGUUCUCGAGGUAACCCGGGCUAUGUGAAUGGAGCAGUUUAUGAUCAGGUAUACACUGAAACAGAAGGUCACCAUUACGAGUUCAUUCCACCGCAAUUAGACAUGGACCUGGAGAUAGAUAGAGUGGCAGAAACGUUUAAUUCGGUGGAGAUCUAUGAGGAGAGGCCUCGACAGCCUCCGGAGUGGCAGUCGACGGAGUCAGUGGAGAAUGAGACGGUGAUAUCUGGCGGGACCAGUAAAGCCAGUAUGGACACUGUGUCCAUGUACUCUUCUAGGUCCCAUGAAGAAGCCAGACCAUCUCGCAGGAGACAUAUGCAAGCCUCGCUUGAUGAUAUGCUGGUCUUGGGAUUAAGAGAUCCACCUCCAGUGAGAGACAAGGAUGAUGAUAAUUUCGUACAUCCCGCUAGUAUCAAAUUCAAGGUACGCAAAUCAAUGAAGCCUCUAAAUAUAAUAUCGAAGACAAAGAACAUGCUAUCAGGCAAGGAUCGGGAGCGGGAGAAGGAGGAGCGGCGCCGGGCGCUGAGCGCCAGUGCGGGCGAUGUUUGUGGAGCUAGUCGACAGCCGGACAUACUACCGGCUGCUAACAGCGAGCCUGACUUGAGGGGACAGAGAUGCGCCGGCGCCGACGUACCGCGGUCAGCGAGCCCACGCCGCUAA